AUGCAGAAUGCCGAAGACUGGCAGACUGCAAAGGUUUUACCUUCAGACUUGAAGCGUGCCCUCUCCGCAAUUUCAGAGAUCCCCGAUGCUCUCUUGCGAGCAGAGCUUCUUCGGCGAGAUGGAGCUUCAGAAGAUACGCCGACUUGCGGCUCCAAACAGCGGGGGGCCUAUAACACACCGUUACAUGUUAUGGCACUGUUCCUCAUCCUUGGACUGAGUACAUUCGCUUGUUCUUUUCCGGUUUUGGCGCGCCGUUUCCCUGGUCUCCCGAUUCCCCGUCGAUUCCUCUUCAUAUCAAGACAUUUUGGAACGGGUGUAUUAAUUGCGACAGCAUUCGUCCAUCUGCUUCCCACAGCAUUCGUCUCUCUGACUGAUCCAUGUCUUCCUCGGUUUUGGAGUCAAACAUAUCGGGCUAUGGCAGGGUUUGUUGCAAUGAUAUCGGUCUUUGCAGUCGUUAUCGUGGAAAUGUUCUUUGCGAUGAAAGGCGCAAAGCACGUGCACGGAAGCGAAUACGAUAAUCUCAUUGGCGUGGCUCGGCGUGACUCAAUAAGGGAUGCGGGGAAUCCAGAUGACGAUUUUUCGGGGCUAGAGGCUCGGCAGGUUUCAGAUAAUAUCAACCUAGAAAGCACAGCGCACAGCUCCAAGUUGCGGGCGACGAGAGCUUCCGGCUCAGAUCAUGGAUCGGACCGUCCUCAUCUGGCAGUUUCGUCACCGGAUAAAGAGGACGACGAGGAUGCCCUUGAUGGACUGGAUGACUACAUGGAUGACGCCGGACUUAUCAGUGGGCAGGCAGUUCAUUCUGCGCACUCACAAUCUGUCCACCGGCAUCGACCCCGUGUAAGCGAAAGCCAGAUUGAAACAGAUGGGCCAAUCCAGAAUCCGCAGCGUCAGCUUUUACAAUGCCUCCUCUUGGAAGCUGGCAUUUUGUUUCACAGCAUCUUCAUCGGCAUGGCGCUCAGUGUUGCGACUGGCACCUCAUUUGUCGUCCUGUUAAUUGCAAUCAGUUUCCAUCAGACUUUUGAAGGUUUCGCUCUGGGAUCUCGGAUUGCAUCGCUCAUACCGGAUCUCUUCCCUCCGAGUUCCAUGAAACCAUGGCUUAUGUCACUGGCAUAUGGAACGACAACUCCCCUUGGCCAGGCUAUCGGUUUGGUUCUACACAAUCUCUACGAUCCUGCCAGCGCAACAGGUCUGCUGAUGGUUGGCAUCACUAAUGCCAUUAGCAGCGGUCUUUUGCUCUUCGCGGGACUGGUGGAACUCCUCGCCGAGGACUUCUUGAGUGAGUCGAGUUAUGACACUCUCAAGGGCAGACGACGUGUUGAGGCUUGUUUGUCUGUUGCCUGCGGGGCUCUCCUCAUGGCAUUCGUCGGAGCCUUUGCUUAA